GGGCGAAGGGAAGGUGGCAAUUCUGGUUGAAGACUUGAAGAAAGUGUUGUUCUGGAAUUUCCCAAUGAAAUCGAGUGCUUUGUAAAUGAAGAGCGGAGAAGCAAGGCUUUUGCUGGGAUUUCCUCCCAACUCUCGUCCUACCCCUUCUCAGGCGAAUUGGUGAUGGAUCAUCUAUGUUACUUGGACGGACUCAGACCACAAUUGCAGGUGAAAGCCGCCUAUAAAAGGAAGGUUUGGGAUGUUCAUCCUGAUCUUUUUCCAGUUGAUAAAGCUAGUUAUGCCGAAUCACAAUUCAAAAUGAUUUCUGAAGCGUACAAGUGCCUCUUGACUGCAGUAAAUCCAAUGGAAUCUGCAGGUGGAGGUCCUAGAGGAAGUUCAAGCUCAGUUACUUACACACGGGUCGUGCGGACUGGGGUACCAAGGGUGCAUGGAGGAAGACAUCAUCUUUUAGUUGGCCUACCCUUCCUUCUGGUUUUGUUUGGAACAGUUGGACUUGGAGGUAUAAGUGUUACCAGGGCUUAUAGAAAGGAAAAAGAAGCAUACCCAUCUCAUAAUCCUUUUCUCCCUUGAUCCAAUUACUGGACAAAACAACUUCUUAGAACAGCAUAGACUGCUCAGAAAUGGAAUAGCACUUUUGACCAAAUACUAUUGCUCAUCAUUGUCCAUGUUUUAGUAAUAUUGAAAUCAGAUUUUUGACAUUGCCAUGUGGUAAAUAAUGUAAUACUUCAUACUACCUAUUACAAUUGUUUCAUUCCUGUUC